CUUCUCAAGAAAUCGAUUUUCCCUCGACUUUGUAUGAACCAUGGAGGUUGAUUACGGUGGAUUUUCUAUCAGAGAGUACACGAAGAAGGUAAGGAGUGAAAACGUGCGGAAAUGCUGGCCGUUCGCCGGAGAUCUUAUUCAGUCGUUUCUUCCUCCGAUUACUGUCUCCAAGUUCCGGUGGUGGUCGCAUGAGCUAGCUUCUCUGCUUACGAAAUCUCCGGUCUCUGUUGAUGAUUCUCAUCAGGCCAAAGCAAAGUCUAAACCGUGUAAAAAGCGUUCCAUCAUCGAAAUUUGUACCACGGCACCGAAAAUCCAGUUAGCAGAAGAUCAUGUGGUGCACAAGAAGAUCAAAACCACGAAAUCCAAAGAUUCCGGCCAUCGGGAAUUUGCUAACAAGUAUAUUCAGGUUAAUCAAUGCAAAGAACAAGCUCAACAAAAAGUGGAUCAUGUUGGAAAAUGCAGUCUUGGGAUUAAAGAAUGCUCUGGUGUUAUGUCUCUUUGUAGCAACAAGGCUCGAUUAGUCAGUAACGAUCAUGAUUUUGAGUUUCAGAUUCCUGCAAUUUUUAAGGCAAAACGAAAAGUUUGCUUUGUGAGGAGUCCUGAUAAGUCAAAAACUCAUGUGAGUUUCUCUGAUCACGCUGGAAAUCUUUCUCAGCUGGAGAAAAGUACUGUCUCUUUAGAACUCUGCUGUUUGGAAAUGAAUAGGUUGAGUCUCUCUGGAAAUCAUUUUCAGAGGAAGAAUCACUCAUCUGUAAAUGACAAGCAAGUGAAGGUUAUGUCGACUGAUCAGACUAGUACAGUUAUGCAUUUCGAAACAAGGCAACAAUACAAGUUUCAGCCUGCGGUUUCAAAAUCUGACUUGUCUUGUUUCCUUGGACCACAGCUUAGUUUACAGGAAAGAGUAAAGGAUGCAUUGGAUUUGGAGAGAAAGGAACAUGUUGCUCAACCUAUUCAAUCGUUUAUCUCUACUUCGAGUGAGAGUCCGUACAGAGCUUGUCCUUCUUUUUCUCAACCUGUGUCAGCUGAUAUGCACCGCGGGACAUUGCUGUACCAAUCACCUUUUGAUCCACUUCUUGUCGAAUGGAUGCAAAAAGAAGCUUUAUAUAGACAAAGGCAUGUGGGAGAGGCAAUCUUAGGGUUCCCUCUAAAUUUAGAGGGUGAACUAGUUGACGCAAAUGGAGAGGCUUGUAGAAGUUUUGAUCGGUCAGGUUUAUGUACUAGUUCCUCUAAAUCUGCAUCUGCAGGGAAUGAUUUUUUACUUGGAAAUUUAGUGGACUUUUCCAGUGAAAAGAAGCAUUCAACUGAGCCAGCACUUGCCAAAGACAGUGCAGCUCGUAAUGAGAAACGCCACAAGUACUUUCCUGCUAGGUUAGGCCUUGAUGAGACCUUUACAGAGAAAGCAUAUUUCACAAACACUAAUGAUGGAGAGUGCGGCUACACUGUACAUUCAUCGGUUUCUGAAGUCAAUCCAAGGAGCCACACAAUCAAUAUGUCAAAACAGAGUUGUGUCAAACAGAACCUAAAUAGUGGAAAGGUGAUUUCAAAGCGUGAUGGUUUGUGUUUACAAAACACUCAAGCAACAAUGCGGCUGAUGGGUCAGGAUGUUUCUGUCAGCACAAGAACGGGCGAUAGGUUCAUAGCACCGGAUGCUUCUAUAGAUUAUUCCUCUCUGUGGAGCCAUACUCACCAGAGCUGGCUAUGUCAAAGGACAACACUUGAGGUUUCAAUGAGUCAUUCAACCUCAACAUUGGAUAAGAAUUGCAACAGAGCUUUGCUACGUGAUACUUCAAAGGAUCCCUUUCCUUUGUUUCGUGAACCACAUGUCAGCUUGGCUUCUCAAUCCAGAGCAUAUGUAGUUCCUGAAUCAAUCCUGAAUCCAUGUUGCUCGCUCGCGUCUCUUCCAUUGUCUGAUAAGGAUCUCAACUUCCAUGGAUCUGGUUUAGGGCUACCAAACAGUUUCACAUUCAGCCAGCAACAACUACCUUUUCCAUCUAAUUACAACAAUGUUGAUAUUGGUCUCCUACCUGAUGCUAGAAAACCAUCUUUCGGAUUGCCUUUCUCGUGCGCAGAUUCUACUAGACGGUCACAGGCUCCUUGGCCUCAAAGUUCAUUUGACAACUCUUGUUCUGAAUUGUCUUUCAUCAACCCCAGCGAGCAACUAACGUCCUUCUAUGGGUCAAGUUUAUCUUCGUCCAUAAUAAACGUUGGAACUACAAAUAAGCGGGUAGCACCCAUAGAGGAGUAUCCAAUGAAGAACCAUAAGAUCCCCAAGUUGCUGCCAAUGCAAGAUGGCUUAAAUUAUGUUAAAGAUUUUCUUUGCAGGCCAGCAAAUUAGGAAAUCACUAAUCUAGGAGUCUAAGGGUAUAUAACCUUGUAAUUGUUUGAACCAUCCCUUGUGUGUUUUAUGAAUUAUUUGGUGAUAAUGCCUUACUUGGAAUGAAUUGCUGUGCAUCAU